AUGCAGACCAUAACCACGACUCCGCACCUGCCCCCUUCCACCUCCAAGCCCUGGACGCACUAUCUCACCCUCGACCUGAUCUCGCACAUCCUCAACCGCUCCAUCUUCCACCCCUUCAUCUGCUUCCUGAUCCCGCUCUGCCUCCUCGCGCGACACUGGCCCGUCUCCUCCCGCGGAAUCGUGUACACGUUCUCCUGGGCUUGUAUCGUCACGCUCUACCACACGCUCGCGAUAUGGAAUCAUCGGCUUGCGUAUGGAAGGGCCAGGACGGUCAGUCUGGAGAAUGAGGUUGUGCUUGUUGCGGGGGGAGGAGGGAAUGGAUUGGGCAGGCUGUUUGCGGAGGUUUAUGCCAUGAAAGGUGUGAGGGGGGUUGCGGUGCUGGAUGUAAGAGUGCCGGGGCAAGGGGCGGAGAGGGAGGAGUGGGAGGAGAGGGGUCUACGCUGGUUUCAGUGUGAUGUUGGGAGGAGAGAGGAGGUUGAGCGGGUGAAGAAUCAGAUUUUGAAAGAGUUCAACACACACCCUACCAUCCUCAUAAACUGCAUCGCCGCCCUUAUCACGCCCGGCCCUAUACCCUCCCUCACAACCCAACAAUUCACCUCCACCCUAACCACGAACCUAACCUCCCAUUUCAACCUCCUCUCCGUAUUCCUCCCCUCCAUCCUCUCCUCCUCGAACAACUCCGGCGGCACCAUCGUAACCACAUCCUCAAUCCUCACCCACCUCCCCACUAUCCAUCUAGCCCCCUACUCCGCCUCCAAAGCCGCCCUAACCUCCCUGCACCACACCCUGACCGCCGAGAUCCGAGCUCUCAGCCUCUCGCACAAGGUGAAAGCCAUCCUCGUCGAGCCGGGCCAGAUCGAUACCUCUCUAUUCAAAGGGGUGGAGACGCCAAGUCGGGUUCUGGCGCCGGUGCUGGAUACGAGGGAGGUGGUCAAGGUUGUGACGGGGUUGAUUGAUGCGGGCGAGGGUGGGAUUGUGAGGAUGCCGACGUAUGCCGGGUGGGUGCAGUGGUUUGCGGUGUUGCCGGUAGCUGUGCAGAGGGGUUUGAGGUGGGCGAGUGGGAUUGAUAGGGCGCUCGCUGGGUUUGCUGCUGUGGGAAUAGGGGAUAGGGGAGGUGAGGAGCGGCUUGUUGGGAGGGGUAAGAGUGAUGCUAAGAGGGAGGAGAGUUCGGGCAGUGAUGAUUUGGUAUUGGUGGAGUAG